GUGGGCAGGGCGAGCGCCGCCGCCAUUUUGUCUCUGUCAGGCGCGGCGCGGGCGGUCGGGGCGAGGCGGCCGAGUCGGUGUGUGGCGAGGGGGGAUUCGGCCAGGACGACACGAUGAUAUCGGCCGCCCAGCUCCUCGACGAGCUCAUGGGCCGGGACAGGAACCUGGCCCCGGAUGAGAAGCGCAGCAACGUGCGGUGGGACCACGAGAGCGUUUGCAAAUACUACCUUUGUGGCUUUUGCCCAGCUGAAUUAUUUACAAAUACCCGUUCUGAUUUAGGUCCUUGUGAAAAAAUUCAUGAUGAAAAUCUCCGUAAACAGUAUGAGAAGAGCUCUCGGUUUAUGAAGGUGGGCUAUGAGAGGGAUUUCCUGCGCUAUUUGCAGAGUUUGCUGGCAGAGGUGGAGCGCAGGAUCCGGAGGGGCCACGCCCGCCUGGCACUGUCACAGAACCAACAGUCCUCUGGGGGAGCAGGACCUACCGGUAAAAACGAGGAGAAGAUUCAGGUGUUAACUGACAAAAUUGAUGUACUUCUACAACAGAUUGAAGAACUGGGUUCAGAAGGAAAGGUGGAAGAGGCACAAGGAAUGAUGAAACUUGUUGAACAGUUAAAGGAAGAGAGAGAAUUGCUGAGAUCUACAACUUCAACAAUUGAGAGCUUUGCAGCCCAAGAAAAACAAAUGGAAGUUUGUGAAGUUUGUGGAGCCUUUUUAAUUGUAGGAGAUGCACAGUCCAGGGUAGAUGACCACUUGAUGGGAAAGCAGCACAUGGGUUAUGCCAAAAUAAAAGCUACUGUAGAAGAUUUAAAAGAAAAGUUACGAAAAAGAACAGAAGAACCUGACCGUGAUGAAAGGUUGAAAAAAGAGAAACUAGAACGAGAGGAGAGAGAGAAAGAGAGGGAACGGGAAAGAGAAGAGCGGGAAAGGAAGAGACGGCGCGAAGAGGAAGAAAAGGAAAAGGAGAGGGCUCGUGAUAGAGAGAGACGUAAAAGGAGUCGCUCCCGGAGUAGACACUCGAGCAGAACAUCUGACAGAAGGUCACGAGACCACAAAAGGUCAAGAAGCAGGGAGAGAAGGCGAAGCAGGAGUCGUGACCGAAGGAGGAGCAGAAGUCACGACAGGUCAGAAAGGAAACACAGAUCUCGCAGCAGGGACAGGAGACGGUCAAAGAGCCGGGAUCGGAAAUCCUACAAGCACAGAAGCAAAAGCAGAGAGAGAGAACAAGACAGGAAGUCAAAAGAAAAAGAAAAGAGGGGAUCUGAUGAUAAAAAAAGUAGUGUGAAGUCCAGUAGUCGAGAAAAACAGAGUGAAGACACAAAUACAGACUCGAAGGAGAGUGAGACUAAGAAUGAGGUCAAUGGGACCAGUGAAGACAUUAAAUCUGAAGUGCAGCGUAAGUAUGCACAGAUGAAGAUGGAACUAAGUCAAGUAAGAAGACAAACUAAAGCACCUUCUGAAGGAAAAGACAGUGUAGUCCUGCAAAACAUUUUGAGGUACAUUGUUUUGUCUCAGCUAUUUUGUAGCAGACUCGUGCCCCCAUUAGUGUGCCUCUUUGGGACAUAUUUGUAAUAUAGUCACCAUAGAAAAAUUAAUUAUCCUUUUUUUAAUUUUUAGGGAUUUUGUUAUCGUUUUUUUAAAAAAAAGUUGAACUGUUUUUGUAUUUAAGUCCAUAUUGUGUUGGUACAUCAGCAGAAACUUUUGCUUUAAUACUUAAUAUUUGAGGCACAUGUUGGACUACUUUGUUUUCAUAUAAACUGCUAGUAUUUCUUUGUCAAGGAUGUUUCUAGUUUUUUUGCUUUAUUGCCUUGCAUUCUAAUGCAGUUUGUUCUGUAACUCGAGAGCCAGUAGCAUUGGAUUGAUGGAAGUGUAGGGUUUAUGAAUUAUUGCAGCUGACUACCAUACCUCACACAGCGUUGGUGUUGUGAGCGGCCCAUGAAAAGCCAAAUUAAAAAUCAAGGAUUCAGUCAAACUAAGCAGGUACUCAUGCCAGGUACUCCUUUCUCUACCCACAUCCAUGUUUGAAUGCUGUUGCCUGUAAUCUUUAAGCUUACUGUUGUGUUUUUGAUUUUCAAGAUAGUGCAAAGGACUUUUUUUGUGUAUUGUGUGAAUACUGUAAAUCUGAUGUUAACAGAAUGGAAUUUUCUUUCAACUGUGUGUAGGGAUGCAGUGCUGCCCAGAAUUAGAUAUCUUUAAAGAGUUUAAAAUGCAAUAAACACUACAUAAUAAUCGCCUUGUUACUUUCAAUGCAAUUCAAGUCUUUAAGAGGUAUGUGCUUAAUAUUUCCUACUGUGUAGGAGAAUUUGCAGUCAGCCAUAGCACAGAGCAGUGGAAUGGCUGGUUAACAGGCUUGUAAGGCAGAUGUAAAUGCAGAGACAGAUGCCACCAAAUGAUUACAGUGUUGAUGGCAGGAAUGUAUGCUGGAAACUGUUUGUGGGAAGUGAAGCAGCUAAACAGUAGGCAAUAUGAUAUUGUAUUAAAAGGAAAACUUGAAGUUUUUUCCCCACGCUUGACAUAGCUUUCUUACAGAAGGUCUUUAGUUGUAUUCCUGAAGUAAGGAACUAACAGUGGAGAGUUCAGCUGAUAAAUGAGCUUCUUGCAACAUAAUUUGUUACUGUAGUUGCAUUAUGUAUGCUAGGAACUCUUAAACACUUAAUGUUGAUAUUAAACCAUUAAUGCUACAUCAUUGCUUCUAAAGCCAGUCAUGGUCAAUGGUGAUGUUUUUGUAGAGUUAAGAUGACAGCUAACAACUGGGCCAAUGUGUAGGAGUGGUAAACAAAAUGCUCAUAAUGCUGUCUAAUCGUCUGUUCUCCCAAAAUUUUGCAUUAUAGGACUACUACGUGAAGAGUCUGCGAAGACAGUGGAAGACAGCUUAAACUGAAGAUCUGCUUUAAAAUGAGGUGAAAGAAAGCUGUAGUGGCGUAGAAAAAUAUAAAGUUGAGUUAGAAUUUUUUUUUAUAAAAUUUAAUUCAGGACUGGUGUUUCCUCCCAGAGUUCAGAAAGAUGUGUUGAUAAUAGCACAUAUGCUACUGAGAAUAUAAGUCCUGUAUACUUUUUUUUCUUUUAAGACUUUUUAAGAUAAGAAACCAACAUAACCUGAACACAUGGCUUGCUCAGUGUUUAAUUGCAAGUUUUCAUUCUUGGACUUUAAAACACAGGAAUAAAUGUUUAGUAUUUGUGUGAAUCGAACUAAAAUGAAUCCCAUUUUUACAACUAAGCUAUUCCUAGCUUCUUGAUAUACGAGAAAUGGAAAUAAAGUAUCUUUGAAUUUCUGUUACAAAUUUGAUUGUCUCUGUCAUUGAACGUUUAAUAUUAAAUAAGUUUCUUUCCUAAUAAAUCUACUCAUGUCUUCAA